AAGGGACCGUCUCUAAAGUUACAUACGACAUGGUUUCUAACUUCAAUAGCAUUUGAAGGGAAUGACUUACAGUCAUAUAACCAACUGUAAAGUGUUCACAUAGGUGUCAGGUGGCGUCGAGUCUCUGCGUUGCUAUGGAGUACUAACGCGGUGACGUCACAUUCGUCUAGGACGUGAAUGAAUUGUUUUCAGAUUUUUAUUUUAAAGGGGCAGGGUGGCUUAGCACGUUCACCUCACACUUCCAGGGUCGGGGGUUCGAGUCCCGCCGGGGCCAUGUGUGUGCGGAGCUUGCAUGCUCUCCCCGUGCUGCGGUGCUCUGGUGCUCCGGUGCUCCGGUUUCCUCUCCCAUCCAAAGACAUGCAUGCGGUAUGAAAAUGAGCACAGAUCGCUUCACCAUCACCGCAGAGGACUAUUUAGCAGAGACCAGUGCUCUUUUCUAUCUGAAUGAUGCUGUGACUCAGCUGCUGGAGCACAGAGAGGAAUUCAUCCAAUUCGGCAUCGUGCGGUAUUUUGCAGAAUACUUCACCAGUGUGAAGAACGGGAAUCACAUUCUCUUCAGAGAAUUCAGCUAUGUUAAAGGUACAGCACACAACCGAGUGUCCUUCAUCCACGUCUUCUGGAAAUGCUUCAGACAGAUUGGAAAGAACAGAGAUUUGCUGACGAUGAUGGAGUACACGUCGCUUCUCCAGCUCCUAUGCCCAGACUUUCCUGCUGAAAUGGUGCAGAAUACAGCCAAGAUUGUCUUGAUGGAGGACGCUACGGAAUGCCCCAUGUCCCUCUCAGAUUUCAUCUACUCUUUCCAAAUCCAGUUUUACUAUGAAGAGUUCCUGGAGAGUGUGUUGGCGAUUUAUGAGGACUUGCUCGUGGGAAAGAACCCGAACACUGUAAUCGUCCCGACCUCAGCGUCUUCGGAAACGAUAUCCAGCGAGGAGACGGAGACGCAGGAGGGGGUGGAUUCCUCUGUCCUGCUGGAGUGUAUCGAGGGACUGUGUGAACGUUUUAAACACAAACAUCCACCUCUCUCUGCCAUUAAGGAGGCUCUGGAGAACAGCACACGAGUCUCCUACUACAGCUUCCUGAUGGCUUUGGCCAAACAUGACGGAAUCAGUCGGGAAAUCGGUGCUCUUCCGAACAGAUCAGACCUGCUCAUCGACCCCGAGAUGGAUCAGGAGUUGGAGAGGCUCGUGGCUCAAGUGGCCAUCAGUCCGACAUCCAACAGCAGCAGCAGUGCACAAGGACUGAAAGAGCCGUGCAGGAAACCAUCACCGCGUAAAUCCCUGCACCAGCGCAAAAGGAUCGAGAUGGAGAGCGACGGCUCCACUGAGGACACCGACUCCUCCGAGAAUUAAGACCUGGAACAGCAAUGUGGUGCCUUCACUUUAUUAAAUACCAAAAAUAUCGGUUGUUCGCAUCAAAUCCAAUUCUACCAAAUCAUUAAGUGAGGCAGAAUCUUAUUGGAGAAUUGAAAAGUUCUGAAAUCACAACCAGAUUAAACACUUCUUUGUGUGUGGAUUCACUUGUGACGAGUGUGUAACAGGGCAUGCCAUGGUUGUGUGCUUUUGUUUAAACUUAUUUAUUGUACAUUUUGUGUGUACAUAUAGAAAUACAGCUUGUAUCCAUGACUUGUAUUUUCUUUUUAAUAAUAUGUGAAACUGUGAAUUUAAAUAUCCUUAUUUGAUGAUAUAAAUAAGCAGUGAAAACAUA